CCACACCACUCUUCCUUUCCUCUUCCCUUUUCCUUUCCAGUUUCAGUUUCCACUCUCCUCUUCCUUUUUCCUUUUCUUGCCCCAACACCACCACCUUAUUCCCCCACCCUUCAUUUUCCCUUCUUUCUUCAUUUUCUGCUCCCUCUCUUCCCUCAUUCUUUUCUCUUUUUUCUCUCUAUUUAUACACACACACACACACACACACACCCCUCCCCCCCUUCUUCGACAACAACGUUGACAUAAGAUUCCUCCUCAGCCUCUCUCGUUUUUCUCAUAAUAAUGGACAAAGAUUACUUCAUGAAUGCCGGAAUCCCACCACCUCAACCGCUGCAAUUCGAGACCACGUUGCCGGUUCCAUGGUCUGGACUGAGUUGCCCCCCGGAGCAUUCUUUCUUGGACCCCAACUCCUCUAUGGAUCAUCACUACUCAAGUUUCGAGUCAGCUCUGAGCUCAAUGGUGUCCUCUUCCCCCGCUGCCGCCACCACCACUUCUGGAUUGUCCAACGAAGCUUUCGUCCUCCGUGAACUGAUCGGAAAGCUCUCCGGUGCCGGGAGCUCCACCUCCUUCCCGCCGCCGGCCACCACCACCACCACCACCAGCAGCCCUUUUAAUGAUUCUAGUUACAGGACUCCUUUGAAUUCACCUAAGCUUCAGCUGCCAUUUCUUGAUCAGAUGAACAUGCCUAAUUUGGCAACCUCAUUGCCGCCGGCUCCUCCUCCUCUGCCGGCGCUCUCUGCCGAUCCGGGCUUCGCAGAGAGGGCUGCCAAAUUUUCCUGCUUCGGCAGUAGGAGUUUCAACGGCAGGACAUCUCCGUUUGGGGUGAACAAUGCUGAAUUGGGGCAUAGAUCCAACACCACAUUGAUGGGGAACGGGAAGUUGCCGCGAGUCUCCAGCAGCCCUGCUCUAAAGCAAGGCGGAUCACCGGUGGAAAACAAGAAUUCAGGGCAACAUGGGAUGGAGAUUAAGCUUGUCAAUGGGUUCGUAUCAGGUUCGGAAAAGAAGCUGAGUAAAUUGUCAGGGUCCGGCGCCAGUUCUAAUGAGGAAUCCUCUGUUUCGGAGCAAAUUCCGAGUGGAGAAAACGGCCCCAAGACGUCGAAUGAGAUGAGUUCUCGGAAGAGAAAAGCCGUUUCCAGAGCAAAGUCGAAAGAAAAUGGAUCAAAUUCAGCUAAGGGAGGUGAAGGCGACGAUGAUGGAAACGCCAAGCGUUCAAAGCCAACAGAAAUUGGCAAAAACGAAACGAAAAUGGAGGAGGAGGGCAAGGGAGGGUCUAACGACGAAAGCGAGAAGCAAAAGGCGAAUCAGAAGCCACCUGAGCCACCAAAGGACUACAUUCAUGUCAGAGCAAGAAGGGGUCAGGCCACUGACAGCCAUAGCCUGGCAGAAAGGGUCCGGCGGGAGAAAAUCAGCGAGAGAAUGAAACUUCUCCAGGAUCUUGUACCAGGCUGCAAUAAGGUGACUGGAAAAGCAUUGAUGCUCGACGAAAUCAUAAACUAUGUCCAGUCGUUGCAGCGCCAGGUCGAGUUCCUGUCAAUGAAGUUGGCGUCAGUGAAUCCAGGGCUGGACUUCAACAUGGAUAAUCUUCUCUCCAAGGAUCAGAUGUUCCAACCCCAACAGAUGUACCCUUUGGAUUCCUCUGCACCAACGUUGUACCAUCAUCAGCCUCAGCAAAACGUACAACAAUUUCAUGAUACCACCAAUGCCUCCACAGGAGGCCCGUUGAGCCAGUGUCCUGUGGACCCUCUCCCACUAGGAGUUCAAUUGCCUUGUACUGAUGGAUUUAGUGAAAGUCUUCCUCAGUUCCCUGCAUUCAGUGAAGAUGAUCUGCACAGCAUUGUUCACAUGGGGUUUGUCAACUUUCCUGUAAACCAAGCGUCUGAUACGAGAGUCGAGCGGUGACAGCGCGGCCCGGCCCCGGAGGAAGAAAACGGGCUCAGCUGUAUAUAAAUGAGACUUUUAGCUCGCCGGGCCUGGAAGAAUUGCUAAUCUAUCAACCUUAGAAGGAACUAGUCCAAGAAUGUUUCUUUUUGGUUUUUUUAUAAGAUAUGUACUUAGAGAUUAAAAUUCUGUCUUCCCAAUUAUUUUCUUGGUGCAAGUCUUGAUCAGGAGCAGAGCACCACCCAUAUUUGUACUAUAUAAGAUGUAAUAUAUUCUCUUAGUUAUGAUUAAGAAUGAGAUAUUAAUUAA